AUGCCCUUCGGCUUGAAGAAUGCCGAGUCGACCUAUCAAAGGAUGAUGACCAGGAUGUUUGAACAGCAGAUGGGUAAGAGCGUUGAAGUGUAUAUAGAUGACAUGGUGGUAAAAAGCAAAUUGGUGGCCGACCACAUCAGAGACCUCGGCGACGUCUUUCAAAUUCUGAGAAAGUACAAGCUGCGACUGAACGCAUCCAAAUGUUCAUUUAGGGUAGGAUCAGGAAAAUUCUUGGGUUAUAUGGUGACCCACAGAGGCAUAGAAGUUAACCCUGACCAAAUAAGAGCCAUUCAUAGCCUGCAGCCUUCUUGGAAUCCCAAAGAGGUCCAGAAACUCAUCGGCAUGAUAGCUGUUUUAAACCGUUUCAUCUCACACUCAGCAGACAGAUGCAGGCCAUUCUUCCUCCUAUUACACAAGUGGAAGGGUUUCGAGUGGACUGAGGAGUGUGCUUUAGCUUUCCAACAGCUCAAGGAAUACCUCGCCCGACCACCAAUUAUGUCCAAUCCUGAUGCCGACGAGGUGUUGUUCACCUACAUCGCGGUAGCCUCUCAUGCAGAGGCAGAGGCCCGUUAUCUCCCCCUCGAAAAGGCUAUCUUGGCCAUCAUACAAGCCACACGAAAGCUUCCCCACUACUUUCAAGCACAUACUGUAGUUGUGCUGACUCAACUUCCGUUGAGGUUCGUCCUCCGCAACGUCGACUACACAGACAGAAUUGCAAAAUGGGGAACAAUUUUGGGCGCUUUUGACAUUAGAUACAUGUCUCGCACCGCUGUAAAAGACCAAGUCCUCGCCGAUCUAGUAGCAGAAUUUGCGGAGCCCACAUUAGAAGGAAAGGAAGUGUCGGGAUUACUAAGUGCUGAUGAGAAACUGAUCAGCACAGUCUCUCAGCAUGAACACAAUUGGUGGAAAGCACACAUCGACGGUGCAACAAACGAAAGGGGCUCAGGGGUAGGACUCGUUUUAGUCUCACCCGAAGGGAUAACCAUAGAAAAGUCGUUGAGGCUCGGAUUCUCAGCCACUAAUAACGAAGCCGAGUAUGAGGCGCUAUUGGAGGGAAUGCCAAUGAUCCAGAAAAUGGGUGGAAAAUUCGUGAACAUGUUCUCGGAUUCGAGACUCAUUGUGGGACAAGUAAAUGAAGACUUGGAGGCAAAGGAUGAAAGAAUGCAAGAGUAUCUGGUCCGGGUUAAGCACUUGCAGACCCAUUUCUAUCACUUUCGUUUGACGCAUGUACCCAGGAGUGGGAACACUCAUGCUGAUUCUUUCGCGACGCUGGCCACCUCCUCGGCUCAGCCCCUUCCUCGGGUUAUUUUAGUGGAAGAUCUCUUCUGUCCAACAACGGAGAAGGCCAAUGGAAUUCGGGAACACAACGUCAGGGUAGGACUGAGCUGGAUGGAUCCUUUAGUGCUGUUCUUAAAGCACGACACCUUGCCAGACGAUAAGGUUGAGGCCGACAAAAUCAGGAGAAAAGCUUCUCGAUUCUGGUUGUCCGAGGACUCCAAACUUUACAGACGCUCGUUCUCAGGGCCAUACCUGCUGUGUGUGCACCUAGAGGCUACUGAACUCAUCCUAGAGGAGUUACAUGAAGGGAUUUGCGGAAGUCAUACGGGAGGUAGGUCCUUGUCCCAUAAGGCCAUAAUGCUGGGUUACUGGUGGCCGAUCAUGCAUAAAGAGGCUCUGGAAUAUGUGAAGAAGUGCGACCAAUGCCAAAGGUUCGCCCCGAACAUACACCAGCCAGGCGGAGAACUUAACCCGCUCUCCAGCCCUUGGCCAUUCGCACAAUGGGGCCUAGACAUACUAGGACCAUUCCCCAAAGCGGCAGGGAACAAGAAAUUUCUUCCCGUCGGCACCGAUUACUUCACAAAGUGGGUAGAAGUUGAGGCACUGGUAAACAUUAGAGACGUCGAUGUCAAGAAGUUUGUUUGGAAAAAUAUCAUCACUAGGUUCGGGACCCCACACACCCUGAUCUCGAACAACGGGCUCCAGUUUGACAGCAAAGCCUUCAAAAGAUAUUGCAAUGAGCUGGGAAUUAUCAACCGAUACUCCACACCGGCUUACCCGCAGGGGAAUGGACAGGCGGAAGCCAUCAAUAAAACCAUAGUGAAUGGGCUGAAAAAGAGGUUAGACGACGCGAAAGGAAGAUGGGUUAAAGAAUUAGCCCAUGUCUUGUGGACAUACCGCACCAUACCUCGCAGGUCCACGGGAGAAACUCCCUUCUCAAUGACCUACGGAGCCGAAGCUGUCAUUCCACUGGAGAUAAACUUCCCAACACAGAGGACCACUGCCUUCUGCCCCAUUGCUAAUAACCAACUUCUGGAAAAAAGCUAG